AUGGACGAUCCGAUCUACGAGAUAUAUGGGUCGACCUACGAUCUCCUGAAGCGGGGACUUGCAGACGGGACGAUCGAGGUGCCGGUUGAGGACGAGAGUUUGGGAUGUGCGUGUUGUCGCGGGGAGCCUGAUGCGACGAUUCUCGCGGGCUUCCAUCAGAAUGAGGCGUUGUAUUUUGAGGAGGAGGAGUAUAGGGCUCUGUGGGGGGGAUCAGGAGAAUAUUGGGGAGAGGAUUGGGCAGUCGAUUCGGGCGGUUGCGGCUAG